AUCACGCGGCCUGCACGUGACCUCCCUAACCUCGCUGCCCAGCCCAACCUUCCCCUUCUCUUCCGCAAGGCAGCGGCGGCGGCGGCUCCUCUCGACCUCUCCCCGUGUUUUUGAGGGAGGGAGGGAGGGAUCCUUUUCUCGAAGCGGUGUAGCCAAUAGCCAUGGCGUGGGAGGACGAGGCCGUGGAGGAGGAGGAAUACGGGGAGGAGAUGGCGGCGUCGGAGUCGGAGGCGGAGGACGUUGUGGUGGGGCAGAUGCCGACGGUGAUGGUGCCGAAGCACAUCAAUAAGCGUUCCCUCAAGAACAAGGCGCUCUCUGUCACCCUCGACAAGAAAGCCCUCAAGGAUUUCGUGACUGGGUUCCACAAGAGGAAGAAGAAGAGAAGAAAGGAAGCACAGAAGGUUUUGCAGGAGAAGGAGAGGAAGAAGAGAAUCGAGGAGCGCAAGAGGAGGAAACAAGAGAAAGAGAUUGCUCUAUAUGGUAGAGUACUGUCAUCAGAUGAUGCUGGAUUAGAAAACGAGGAUAUUGGCGAUGAUGGUGAGGAGAUAAAUGAUGAAUCUUUGUCUGUCUGCACAUCCUGCUUCUCACGCACCGCAUUCUUCCUCCUACUCUUUCGUUGUCAACACGCGCCAACUUGGAUCACAGCCAUGUCGACAGCAUACCACAACACAUGCAUCUGGGUGGUGAUUCCUAUUCUCAGGUAUCAGGUUGGCCAUGAUUCCUAAGAGGGGCGGUACGGCCAUCCAGGAUGAAGAGCAGUGAUGGUGAUGAUGAACUGGGAGCAGGUUGUGGACUGGAGCAGCCGAGGAGGUGCUGGACUGUUGGACUGGAGAAGGAAGGCAGUGGAACAGAGCUUGAGCUGCAGAAUCCAUCUUCGAUUUCCAGCUAGAAAUUGAGACAGCUCCUGAUCUCAAUUCCCAACUAGAAAUUUUGAGCGGAAUAGCGCAAUUUGGCAGCGUGCAGGUUCGGUUUGACCACGAAGUGGCUGGAUUUGUGUGGGGGCAGAGCUCAAUUCCAUGGUGUGGAGAUUUUAUUUGAGGACCUGGCAGCUUGAUUUUUUGAAGGCAGCCUUUUAUGAAGGGAGAGGAUUUUGAGGCAGCGACGGGAGCAAUCUUGCCUGAUUAACAAGGCAGAAGAGGAUCGAUUGGAUCUAGGCUCAAUGCAGUUGUGUUGGGAGGCGUGCUUCGGGCGGAAGGCAGCAUGGUGCGUGGCGUGGAAUGAGGUCUAACCACAGAAGUAAACACCUCUCCUCACUAAUUAGUUAGUAGGUGGAGAAUAUCAACUGUUUCAACUGGAAGAAAGAUGGGCGGUCAUAUAGACGGACGGAAAGUGUGACAGUGGUAAUUUUCUUAACAGUGUGAACUUUCCGUGGUAUUAAAGUACACCAGAUCAGUUCAGUGCUAUAUUUCUAAAACUAGGAUUUUUCAGUGUCAUGGAACCAAU